UCUCACUUACUGCAUAUACUGGAGCAAGCGCCACCUGGCGCCACGCGCCGCUAGCCAUUCUCCCUAGUCGUGGUGUCUUCGUCCUCAGCGUCUUAUCCAAAGUUGGCGACAUGAUACUUGGACUUGCGGCCGGGAAGAUGUGGGAUAGGAUACAGUGGGGCAGGGCUUCUCGAGAUGGAGUGCCUGAAAAAUCAUUCUUCAGUUUGAGCUCGGCGACUGGAGUAUGGGGCUUGGUGAAGAUAGUAUGGUACGGGUUUAAGCCUCGAAAUUGGACCAAGAGGGAUCAUGCUCUUCUCUGGAGUCUUGCUAGAUUAUUUGCAAUUGCGUGUCUGAUGGCACCUGGGCUGUUCAUUAUGAGUAAAAUCACCCAAAAAGUCAUCUACUACCCAGUCCCUGGAGUUCCAUCCCAAUCUAUAGUCGGGGGUAUGGGAACAUACAGCCCUUCGCUAGCAACAAAUUACUCCAACAGUUACACAGGUAUCCCGGCCCUUAUUCAAGUCCUUCUUCGCGACCCCUCGACUUCCAUCCCUGUCUCUCCUAUAAGCCCUUAUUGCCUAGCAUCUAGUAGUAGCUGCGUCUCCUACCUACUUCCAGGAGGUCUUUCAACAGUAUUUCCUUAGGCCUUUGCCCCCAAUGUAAAUAGGAGUGCUUCGGUAUAUAUUGUCCAAGACGCACCUGCGUAUCAAAUUGAUUUCUAGGAUGCUCCCAAGGGUUUAGAUUUUAAUGAGAAUUCUUGCGCUAAGUAUGGGAUGUAUGGCGCGGUCUUGCAGCUAUGUAUUGCCUCUUA